UUCUCUUGUCAAACGUCAGAUUCCAGAUUCUGAAACCGUUCGUUUAUAAUUUCUCUGUGAACUCUUAAAAAUUCUGAAUUCACGCCCAAUCCACUCCACUCCUAAUCCGUAACAGUUUGCCGAACGUAGCUUAUAUUACAGGUUGUUCUAGGAAGUAGGAAGUAAGUUAAAAAAAUGUCACUUUUAUCUGAUAUUGACGAAGAAGUUUUUAUUGACAAAAUUAAAAAUUAUCCAGCUAUAUACAAUGAUCAACAUUCAGAUUACACAAAUCGGUGUAAGAAAGAGGAACUGUGGCAAGAACUAGCAGAGUUUAUGGACAAACCAGUGGCUAUAUGCAAGAGAAAAUGGGAUGUAUUACGUGCUAAUUUCAGGAGAGCUCAUAGAAUAGAAAGAAGUGGUAUUGGCAAAAAAACAUGGAGAUAUUAUAAAAAAAUGAUUUUUUUAAUUCCAUUUACAAGAACUGAGGAAGCAACAGAUCAGUUAAAACAAGAACAAUCUUUAAGGAUAGAACCAGAAGCAAUAUUUAAAGAAACUGAAGAAGUUCCUGAAGAGAAAAACAGUAUAGAAAAAUCAAAUGCAAAUAAUCAAUUUUUUACAAGUAUGGCAAUGACUAUUAAUACUUUUCCCAUAGAACAUCAAAUUCGGAUAAAGAUGAUGUUAUUACAGCAAGUUUCAGAAGUUCAGCUACUUAUGGAAAAUUUACCACCUCCUGAUUAUCCUAUCAAUCCUUUUACAGACUGAAAUAAAUUUAUUAAGAAAAUACUCAAUAUCAUUUUAUCAACUAUUAUUUUAGUGAUAUUGUUUAAAUUCUGAAUAAAAUUUAUCACUGAAAUAUUAAAA